AUGCGGCGACGCACCAUCGCACCGCUGGGAUGUCCCCGUGUGGCCGUUGGCGCCUUAACUCUAACGGGAGCUUGUGCCCAGCAGCGCGGCAUCACGACACGUGGUCAAUUCAACCCUGUGCACAACUUUUCCUACGGCAUGGAGCGUGGCGUGCGUGCAAAGGAUGAGAAGUCCUUCGAGAAACUCAUCACCAACCCUGGCCCGCUGCGUGUCGCCUACACGCCCGACUACCUCGACUGGCUUUACCGCUGUUACAGGGCGAAGGGCAAGUACAUGGAUGCGCGCGCCGCGGCGGAGAAGAAGUUCAGUGGCAACCUCAUCAGUAGUCAAGCGGCGGGAACCGCGGCGUCGGGCGAUCUGCAGGAGCGGCUGCCCGGNAGAAGUUCAGUGGCAACCUCAUCAGUAGUCAAGCGGCGGGAACCGCGGCGUCGGGCGAUCUGCAGGAGCGGCUGCCCGGUGCCCCACCACCGGGAAUGUUUUUGCGGCCGCCGCACUCGUUCCGCCGCCUCGCUGGCGAAAGGAGGCGUCGGUGCGCGCAGCAGACACUUGACGAGGUGGCCAAAGCACAGGGAAUGCUCGAUCUCUUUGAGCGGCAACCGCAAUUCCCGGUGA